UAUAUACAGCUUCAUAACUAACUCCCCAAGAUCAAUGACUACAAAUUUGACUUUAUUUGUUAUUUUAAUAAUAAUAAAUUAAAAAAAAAAUAUGAAAUAACAAUAAUGGAGAAAAUAUUUGAGGUGUGAGCUCUUUCAUUCAAACCGUUGACGUUUAAUUUUUUUUGUGUAUAUAUAUAUAUAUAUCCGAAUUGUGCUAUGAAUAUUCUCCUUAUUUUUAAUUUUAAGGUAUGAAACUUAGUAUAAAUAUACAAAGAAGAAGAUGGGUUUUUCUAACUCGAUCCAAGUUUCAUGAUUUGUGAAGUUUAAGGUUGUUUUAGGGGAUAACAUCAUAAUGGGUCAAAUGGGUUUAUCUUCUUUUUCAUUAUCAAUGGUGUCUUACAUAAUCCUAAUGUUGGGUUUGAUUAUUGGUCCAUUGCUCUGUAAUGGAGGCAAAACAAGUACUUUCGUUAGAAAAGUUGAGAAAACAGUUGAUAUGCCUCUUGAUAGUGAUGUUUUCAAAGCUCCUCCUGGCUACAAUGCCCCUCAACAGGUUCAUAUUACACAAGGAGACCAAGUUGGUAAGGCAGUGAUUGUAUCAUGGGUCACAGUGAAUGAACCAGGUUCAAGUGAAGUGUUGUAUUGGAGUGAAAUUAGCAAACACAAGAAGGUAGCUAAGGGAAAAGUAGUAACCUAUACUUACUUCAAUUACACUUCUGGUUACAUUCACCAUUGCACCAUUAGAAAUUUGAAGUUCAAUACUAAAUAUUACUAUGUGGUUGGGAUUGGUCAUACUGAAAGGAUGUUUUGGUUUUUCACUCCACCAGAAGUUGGUCCUGAUGUGCCUUACACAUUUGGUCUCAUAGGGGAUCUUGGUCAGACAUUCGAUUCGAACAAGACGCUUACUCAUUAUGAAAUGAAUCCACAGAAGGGACAGGCAGUACUUUUUGUUGGGGAUCUUUCUUAUGCAGAUAACUAUCCUAAUCAUGAUAAUAACAGAUGGGAUUCAUGGGCAAGAUUUGUUGAGAGAAGUGUUGCUUAUCAACCUUGGAUAUGGACUGCAGGGAAUCAUGAACUUGAUUUUGCACCAGAAAUUGGAGAAACUAAGCCCUUUAAGCCAUUUUCGAAACGGUAUCAUGUUCCUUAUAAAGCAUCAGGAAGUACUGCUCCAUUUUGGUACUCAAUCAAGAGAGCUUCAGCAUACAUCAUAGUGUUAUCUUCUUAUUCAGCUUAUGGGAAAUACACUCCUCAGAAUGCAUGGAUUGAAGAAGAGUUCCCUAAAGUUAACAGAAGCGAGACGCCAUGGUUGAUUGUUCUAAUGCAUUCGCCGUGGUAUAACAGCUACAACUACCACUACAUGGAAGGAGAAACCAUGAGAGUGAUGUAUGAGCCUUUGUUUGUAAAGUACAAAGUGGACUUAGUAUUUGCCGGCCAUGUCCAUGCUUAUGAGCGCUCGGAACGCGUGUCUAACGUCGCCUAUAAUAUCAUCAAUGGCGAGUGCAUGCCUGUGAAAGAUCAAUCUGCACCUGUGUACAUAACCAUUGGAGAUGGAGGAAAUAUUGAAGGCUUAGCCAACAACAUGUCAGAACCGCAGCCAGCGUACUCGGCCUAUCGUGAGGCUAGUUUCGGUCAUGCCAUUCUCGACAUCAAGAACCGAACACAUGCUUACUACAGCUGGCACCGGAACGAUGAUGGUUAUGCAGUAGAAGCUGAUUCAUUGUGGUUUUUCAACAGACAAUGGUAUCCAAAAGAUGAGUCUCACUAGUAAUUAAGAAUGGAGUGGUUUUGAAAUUGAACCAAAUAUUGUUUUGUUAUCCCAAAUAAACACACAAAAGAAAGAGAGCACAUUAUUCUUAUGCCUCUAUUUUAAAAGGCUCUACUCUAGUGUUUAGUUACUAGUUACUACUAGUGUAGGUUUUUGUGAGCUCUACACUACAUUGAUGUACAAGUGCAUUUGUUUUGUAACUCUUGAAGACCAUUUUAUAAUUUAUCUCUGGUUUUUGUCUUUUUAAUAAA